GUUGGUGAAAGGCACUACCUGCCUCCUGCUCUUAUAUCAUCCAGUAGCAGCACUGGGUCCCUGGAAUGCUUGCACGCAGUCACACAGACCCACACAUAGCCACAACACGCACAUUCUGUCUCCACCAACAGAGUGUGCUCUACCACUGUGCAAAUAGCACAAAUGGAGACGGACAGGGAUUGAUAGCUCUACGCCCACUUGCUCUGUAUAAACAAACACACAAUCAGGGAGUCAGCAAUCUACCAGAAUCUUCUCCAGUUUUCUGUCUUCUGGAUCCAUAGACUGGUCUAGCUAUAAGGUCAAUAUCCACAGCUUUUAUUGGAAUAGGAUAGGGAUCUGACAGUGAAGGGCAGUCAGCAAGUGCCCAGGAUGAAAAUGAAUUAUACAGUAUUCUUCGACAAGUCUUCUGCUGCCCUCCUGUUUGAGAAUUCAAUGAAGAAUCAAUGUUGGCAUUCUCCUGACAUAACCCCCUUUCUAGUAACAUCAUACAGUCUGCUAAUAUUUCUUUGCCUGCUAGGAAACAGCUCCCUGAUAUAUGUCAUCUGCCGGAGAAAGGAGAAGGGGAAUGUUACACACAUCCUUAUAGCUAACUUGGCCUUUUCAGACAUUCUUGUAGGCAUCUUCUGCUUGCCUUUCUCAGUUGUUUACACAAUUAUGGAUUAUUGGAUUUUUGGCAGGUGGCUAUGCAAGAUAACUAAUUUUGUUCAAUGUGCAUCGCUCACUGUUUCCAUCAUGAUCCUAGUGCUAAUUGCCUUAGAGAGGCAUCAACUAAUUCUACACCACACAGGCUGGAAACCCAGUGUCCCUCAAGCUUACACAGCGGUACUGCUUGUCUGGAGUCUGGCCUGCCUUCUAGCUUUGCCACUAGUCUACUCUGCAGACUUGAAUAAUAGUGCUUACAAAAAUAUGUCAGUGGCCAUGGACCCCCUUGCAGACAAGUCUUUAUGUGUUGAGUACUGGGUGUCAGUAGAGCAGAGGAGAGCCUACACUGUGACUCUACUGCUCCUGCAGUAUGUGGUACCGCUAGGUUUCAUAGUGGCCUGCUACUGCCGUAUCUCUGUGCACUUGCGUCACAGGGAGGGUCUAUUUGGAAGAAGCUACAGUCAUAUGAGAAAGGUUAAUCUCAUGCUAGCCUCUAUGGUUGGAGCAUUUGCAGUUUGUUACUUGCCACUUCAAAUUUUUAAUAUUAUGGUGGAAUGGGACCACAGUCUAAUCAACGUGUGCUACCACGAUCUUAUCUUCUCAUUGUGUCACCUGCUUGCCAUGAUUUCUACAUGUAUUAACCCAGUCAUCUAUGGCCUCCUAAACAACAAUGUGAAACGAGAAUUGAAGUUAUGGGUACAGAGGUGCACAGGGCAGAAAAAAAAUAGUCCAGAGGUUCUGGAGGAGCCUGAGAAAAAGCCACUAUCAGUCAUGCAUGGUCCAGUAUUGCCUGGAUCACCAAGUUCAGAUACUGGGCAAGACAUAUGUUAACAGCAACAGUGAAGAGGAAACCGAUGUGGACAAUCAAUAUAAAUACUGUAAAAACUUCACGCAGAAGCCAAAGAGAAUACAGGCACGUUUACAAGGGAUUUAGAAGGCGUCUUUUGCUUCCCGGUCUCUGAAAUUUUGGUGGACAUGACAGCUAAGGACACACCAAGUGCAGGCAGUAGGCUUGAACAAUGGGUCCUCUCUUUGAAUACACAAUGACAGCACACACCUCUGUUCUUCUUGAUUUGAUGUGUACCAUACCAUGUAUAAGCUGUAUAAUGCAUUCUAGAACUACAUUCUAGCGGUGGACUGAUGUGCUACCAGUCAUGGAUGCUCACAUACAUUGCAGCAGAAAUCUAGGCUACUCAUGUGACUUCAGACACCACUCGCUCACAUCUGCAGCAUUUAUUGGAAACAAAUCUUGUUGUCAAGGUGUAAUAGGAAAUUCAAUUAUAGGAAAAUAAUCAUUCUGAGCUUUGCAGUGGGAGGAAAAACAGGAUUGUCUUAAACUGGAACUUCUAGAAGCUUUUCCAUGGUUUCACAAUCACUGUCACAUACAAUAUCUACAGCAAAACAUAGCAAGUGUAUGGCUGUCAUUUAUUAGUAAAGUUAUUUUAAGACUUCUUUCAUGUGCCAUGCCUGGCCGUAUCUGCAGGUAUGAGGAACAGCAUCCCCUGUGGUUGCGGUAAUGUUACCUGCUUUCUAGAGCAUUCAGGUGGAUGGAAGUCGUAAAAUUAGCAUCUCCAUACCAGUACGAAAAGGCUGCAUUUACUGAAACAUUGUACAGUAAUUAUGUAA